CAUAAAAAUUAUAAAAAUUGAAAACCGAUAAAUAGGCAAAUGCAAAAAGAAGGCGAAAUUCUUGACAAGAUAGUUCUCAUAUCGAAAGAAGGUGAGAGACAUGAAGUCGAAGGAGAAUUCAGGAACAUGUGUAACCUUGUGAGAGAAUCUCUUGAGGAUAUGGAAGACCAGAACGAGAUCCCCCUCCCCAUUGUUCCCUCCCAGCACAUAAAAUGGAUAAUAGAGUAUUGUCAGAGACAUAAGUUUAAAGAAUCUGAUGAAGUUAAAGCUCCUUUAGCCUCUAAUAAACUUGAGGAUAUUCUGGAUGAUCCUAAGGAUAUAGAAUUUCUUGAGUCUCUUUCAUUAGAUGAGAAAACAGAUUUCAUGAAUAACUGAGAUUACUUGAACAUCCCAUCUCUUGUUGAGCUAUUAGCCAUCAGCAUUGCCUCUUGUUUCAGAUGCAAAGAUUUCAACCAGAUUAAGGAAGAGUUUGGAGUUGAUGGUGAAUUCAAUGAAGAAGAAGAAGAGAAACUCAAGAAGGAUUACCAAUGGUUGCUUCAAACCGAUGGAGGAAAUAUUGAAGACUUUGAUAUGCGCUAGA